AUGAAAAUAAUUUCCAGUAUUUAUGAUAGUUUUAUAUCAACUAAGAAAAAUUCGGUUGAUGCAAACGUGAUGCAUGAUGUGAUAUACACAUUUUCAGAAGUAAUUCUAAAAUUACCAGAAGAAAUGAAAAAAUGCUUAGUACCGAUUUUUGAAACACAGAUAAUGGAUGACUCUGGAACAUUUUAUGAUCGUGAACAAUUUGUCAAGUAUCUUAUGAUUUAUACAAGAUCAAUGUCCACCGAUGUGUUUGACCAAUUGAUGGAGCAUUUAAAACUUUGUGCUGUAGAAUUCUGGAAAGCAGAGGAAAGACACGAGAGACGAAAAUUACUGAAGAAGUGCUUCAUUUCGUGUGAUUUAGAUCAGUUGAAUGAAAUAAAUCGUGAUAAAGUGUUUCAUCUGUGCGAAAUGUAUUUUGAUACAUGUGAACAAACAAUAAAACAGAUGAUACAUUAUCCAAGAGAUUGGGUUACUAGGGAAUAUCACUUAGGAUUGUCACUAAAGGAAUCAUCUCCAAGAAAAGAGUCGAUGAAAUGGCAAUCAUCAGCGAAAAGUGAAAACAAUAAUCAAAGGAAAACUGAACAAAUUUUAUCCAGUGAAAAAAUCAAUGAUUCUACUGUUGAAGUCUUUGAAAAAUUAUGUAAACAAAAAGAUAAGUUGAUAAAAGUUGAUCAAAUAAUUGAAACGAAUGGUUUAACACAACAUCAAUUCAUCAGUAUUAUGGAGUUUUUAAUACCGGAAACUGUUCCACUGAAUAUUUUGCAACAAUGUUUAAUGGUUUUACGAAAGUAUACUGAAACAACUGAAGAACAUGAUGAAAGAAAACUUAAGCAUUUCCAAAGAAAUAUAAAAUUGAAAAAGGAUCUUCUCAUGAAGAAAAUAUUUCAUACAAUGAACCGUGAAUGUUCUGGAAUGUUAAAUUUAAGAAAAUUCGAAAAUUAUUUACUUGAUUAUGAAGAUGGAUUUUAUGAAGCACAUUUAAAGCAAGCCAAAUCAGAUUUAUUUACCAUACUCCAACUCACUGCAAGUAGACAUUUAUCUCGACAGUCUACACUACAGACAGAUCAAACAACAACAACAACAACAUCCACUGUAACUUGCAGUACAAUACCGUCAUUCGAACAAAUCAGUGUUCAUUCAGAUCUCGAUCAUUCAAAUGCUCAGUUAUCCAGUUUAUAUCAUUAUUAUCCAGAGAAAACAGUUGAAAUAAGCCUAAAUCACUUCAAAAUUCUACUAGAUGAUAUAUUUUGGCCUAAAAGUGAUGAAUAUCUUAGUGGGCAUGAUGAAUUUGACCUAAGCUGUUUAGAAAAAUUUUUAGACUACUUAAAUAAGAAGUUAGUAGAGAAUAUGUCGAAUAAAAUUAGAUGUGAAAUACGAAGAGAAUGGAUACAAAAAAUUAUAAACGCUGCUCAAAAUUCUUACAGUAAUUCAAUGGAAUUAGUUUACAAAUCAAUUUUCCAAAUACUUGUAAAAGAUACAUUAAAGCAUGGUGGACAAAAACAGAUUGGUGUUAAAAUUGCUAUACUUUGUCCUACAAUCAAUGAAAAUAUGCUAUCAUCAAGUAUCGAUACACAAUACUGUUUACAGUAUGUAGCAGCUAUACCAGAUUCAGAUGCUGAAAGUGUACUUGGUAAAUCUCCAGAGAAACAAAAAUCGGAUUUACUAACUCAGUGUCUAAGAACUGGAUCAACAUUAGUCCAUUGUGAGAUGUCAAACAUUAAAAAAUUCUCUAAUUUGAACAAAGAAUCACAGAAUACAUCUGUGUAUAAUGAUACAGAAUUCAACGUAAAUCAUCAGUCAGUACCAUUUGCUCUUGCUAUACCAAUUCCAAACACGAAGAAAUACUUCAUUGGCUUAAUGGAGGUGAAUAACUUCUCUGAUAGUGGACAACAACCGAAAUUCGAAGAGCAUGAAAUACAAUUCUACAGAGGUGUAGUUUAUCAACUCGGCUAUGCAUUUUCUCUUAUGAGUAGUCGACAUUUAUUUACUUCUAUGAUGAAAUAUGCUUUGGAUUCAAUCUAUACACAACUGAAUAGUAUUGAUCAAAUGGUAUUUUAUCAUCUACAUUUGUCUACAAAUGACCUUUCCAUAAUCGAAGAUGAUACUACUAAUAGUAGUAAGCAUAAUGGUCAGAUCAUAAAUUCAUUGAAUGAAGAAAAGUGUCUAAUUAACAAGGAUGCCAGUUAUCCGUUAUAUAGACUAGUAUCAAAAUAUGCUGAUCAUGAGACAACAAUUCAUAAGGAUCCAAAAAUAUUUACUAAAAGGAUAAUUAUCUAUACUAUCAUUUAUUCGAUGCAUUCGAGUCUGCAAACACAAUGGAACAAGUUAAACGAUUAUCAACUGGAGUAUUUAUAUCAAGUUACAAAACUUUUGCAUGAAGGUUAUGUAGAAUUAAUCAAGUAUACAGGUGUAUCUACGACUGGUCAGUAUACAGAUGUCAGUGUUGAAGAUUCCAGGAUAUCGACAAAACAGAAACAGAGUAAAGAUACUGAAAAGUUAAGAGAUGUUAAAAGUGAUUGGUUGGAUGAUAAUAACAAAUUUACACCACAAAGAAUUCAAAGGAAUCUAACAAAAAUGGAGUUGAAUCUGUUGGCACUAAGAAUCGAUAAAAAUCUUUUCAAUGAUAUUAAGCAAUACAAUUUUCAACUUACUAACUCUGAAACUUACAUAAUAUGGUGUACAAUAAUUUUAAUCUAUCCUUAUCAUGAAUAUGAUCCAUUGAAUGAAGAAAAUAUUUUGAAACAAUUAGAUUUAAUAAAGGAUAAUAUUUAUAAAUCAAUCAUAGAAUAUGAUCCUUUCUGUCAUGAAAAGUAUUCAUCAAGCUUAAAAGUGAAUCAAUUAUAUGAACUUUUAGAAAAAAUUUCAAGUGAAGAAUUAAGUCGAUAUGCAUGUGAAUCAAUGAAAACUCUUUAUCAAUGGAUAAAAUUAUGCCUCACUGUUGUAAAUUAA